AUGGAAACAAUGACUCAUUCUGCAUUUGACAGUCAAAUUGAAACACUUAUUUCAACAUUUAUUGACGAAGUUUUAGCAGACUAUCAUCGAACACUUUCAUUCAUUAUUGGUUCAUUUGAAGUCAAUCAACUAUUAAACAUGUUCACUGGUAAUUGGCAAUUAGAUUUUACAAAUGAAAAAGAAAAUUAUAUUAUGGCUACAAGACCACGUGUUUUCUCAUCAUCAAAUUGUACUUGUGCCACAACAUCUAAUUGUAUUGAACAGAUUAGAGAAGAUGUAAUUAGUGGUUGUUUUCCAUUUGAUGAAUUUCGUUUCACCAAAUACGAGGAUACAUCACUAGAUGAAUUAAAUAAAAAAUUAUUUGUAGAAUCAUGGCAUAACCACAGUAACUAUAGCGCGUAUUUUGAAACGUGUCAACCGACAGAAUGUCGUCAUGUGCAAUUCGAUCGACAUGAUCUAUUAUAUACAUUGAUGGGUAAUAUAAAAUAUUCAAGUCAAUUUACAUUGGAAGAAAUUGCUUUACCAUAA